UAGCUGGAACUAUAGAUUCACAAGGAUGUUGUAAGAAUAGUGUAAAGCUGUUCCUUGUACCGUAUUGCAGCUUCCCUGAAGGUAACAUCUUAUAUAACCAGCAUGUUAUCAAAAGCAGGAACGGACAUUGGCACUGUGCGGUUAAGUAGACUUCAGACCUUACUCCUUCCGAUUUCACCAGUUUUUACAUGCACUCAUUUGUAUGUUUCUAACCGCGCAAAACUUUAUCACAAGUAGAUAUUGGUACAACCAGCACCAAAAUCAAGCUGCAGAGCUGACCCUGACAAACCCCCUGUACUCCUUCACACGCUCCUGUGUCCUCAUCCCUGACUCCUGGGUUUUCCUAAGACGUCUCUGAGCACAUGAAUGCUCCCACCGCCUGCUUUUCCUGCCUGGUUGUAUCCAGCCGCAGAUGUGGCAGAGGGACCUGUUGGUUUGCCCUCAGAGGCCCAGCUCGGCUGGGUGAUUCUAGUGGGAAGGAAAUCCUGGGUAUAAUUUAUUGUUGUUUCUUGAAGGAAUCAGUGAGAAUAUUCCUGAGAGGAUACUGUGGUUAUCAUCUCUCCAUCCAUCUAACUCUGGUUUGUUUUUAAGACGGGUUCACAGUAAGGCUAACCACCAUCUGCAGCAUACAGAAAGCAAGGAUUCCCAGACUUCUUUCAGGUCUGCCUGGGAUUAUAAAAGUACAGAUUCCCUCUCCAAACCUAGUGACCAGAUGCACCAGCGGCUGGCCAGGAACCAGUGUUGAGUACGUCCUCCUGCCACCAGUGACCAGGAGUUAAACUUUGGGAUGUGCAUGCGAUAAUGGACAACAAGGAUUUAGAAGCUGAAAUCCACCCCUUGAAGAAUGAAGACAGAAAAUCACAGGAAAAUCUGGGAAACCAGUUGAAAAAUGAGGAUAACUUACAAAGCACGCACCUGCAGUCCCGGCUUUCCCGAUGCCGCACGGUGGCAUUUUUCCUUUCGUUGUUUAUCUGCCUCUUUGUGGUGUUUGUCGUCUCAUUCAUCAUCCCGUGUCCGGACCGACCUGCGUCGCAGCGGACGUGGAGGGUCGACUACAACGCAGCAGUCACCUAUGACUUUCUGGCUGUGGAAGACAUAAACAGGGACAGGAUCCGAGAUGUUCUGUUUCUUUAUAAAAAUACCGACGGCAUCAAUAAUUUCAACCGAUCCUGCGCUGAUGAAGGCUUGUCCUCCCCUUGUGCCUUCGUGGCAGCUGUGUCCGGGGCCAACGGCAGCACGCUCUGGGAGAGGCCCGUGGCCCCAGAUGUGGCCCUCGUGAAGUGUGCUGUGUCUCAGCCAGGGGGCAGCAAGCUGUCAUCCGCCUGCAUCCUUGUGGGCAGACCCGAUUCCGUCAUUGCAGUCAACUUGUUCACAGGGGAAACCCUGUGGACCCGUCCCGGCAGCCCCGGCAGGAACGCCUCCAUCCUGAGCCCUUUGCUCCAGGUGCCGGAUGUGGACGGCGAUGGGGCCCCGGACCUGCUGCUUCUCACCCGGGAGGAGGAGGAGGUCAGCGGUUACAUCUACUCCGGCAGCACCGGGCACCAGAUCGGGCACAGAGGCAGCCUCGGCAUCGACGGGGAGAGCGGCUUCCUCCUCCACGUGACCAGGACGGGCGCCCACUACAUCCUCCUCCCCUGCGCAAGCUCCCUCUGCGGCUGCUCCGUGAAAGGCCUCUAUGAGAAGGUGACCAAGAGAGACGGCCCGUUCAAGAAGGACCCCUGGUGGGAGAACACACUCAACGCCACCACCUGUAGGGUGCUUGUGCACAGCGCUGGAGCAGUGCGCUACCUGGUGCCUGUCUCAGGGAAGGCUGGCGCGGAUGUGCUCCUUGUGGGCUCGGAGGCCUGCGUGCUGCUGGAUGGGCAGGAGCUGACUCCCCGCUGGACGCUCAGCACGGCGCGGGUCCUGAGAAAACCCAUUUUUGGCCACUACGAACCAGACACUUUGGCUGUGGUCAUUGAGAAUGGAACCGGCAUUGACAGACAGAUCCUGCUCCUGGACCUCAGCACCAGGGCCAUCCUAUGGAGCCUCACCCUCCCCAGCCUGCCUGGCGGCCCUCCCUCCUCCAGUCUGCCAACCGCGGACCACCGCUCCGCGUUCUUCUUCUGGGGCCUCCACGAGCUGGGCAGUGCCAACCAGACGGAGACCAGACCCGCCGGGCACAGCCUGUACAUGUUCCACCCCACCCUGCCCCGUGUGCUGCUGGAGCUGGCCAACAUCUCUGCCAACAUCGUCGCUUCUGACGUGGUCCUGUUUGAGCCAAGCCGCCAUGCUGCCUACGUCCUCCUGACGGGCCCGAUGAGCUCGGACGAGCCUGGCCUGGUCUCCGUGAUCAAGCACAAGGUGCGGGACCUCGUCCCGAGCAGUAGGGUGGUGCGCCUGGGGGCAGCCGGGCCGGACAGUGACCAGGCCAUCAGGGACCGGUUCUCCCGGCUGCGCUACCGGAGCGAGGUGUGAGAGGCGGGCGUGCCAGCCGCACCCUGCAGGGGCGACUCCAGCUACUGAGCCCAGACGUCAUUGGCCUUCCUGGUCUCCGUACUUGACUGUGGGUGAGGGACGCCCAGGCCUGCCCUGCUGCCCAGCGCUCCGUGUCCCUGAGUCCUCGCUCGGGGCUUGUGCUGCGCCCCACUGGGGUCUUGCUUGUGGCCAAGCUGCCUUUGUGGUGGCCUCCCCGGGCCACCUCUGGCGGGGCUUGGCCCCAGGGCACCCCAUCCUCACGUGGCGCCCUCACCCCGCCAGCUUCUCCCCAGGCCGGAGAGGCCGAGAUCACUGGAAGGGCCCGGGGUCUCCCUGAGGAUGCGCUGCCCACACUUCCUGCAGAAGUCCCUCCCUACCUUCUUGUGUGAUUCUUUCUGUGCACUGUCCCCCAGGCGCUCCGAGGGUAGGGGCCCUGGGGGAGGCCUCAGGGCAGCGGCUGGGACCUGAGGCAGCCCUGGCCCUUCCCAGAGCGAGGAGGGAACCCUCUAGCAUGGCGGGUGACUUGGGCCCUUCGACUCGGCCUACAGGCUCCGGGAAGGUGGGGCACUGGGGCCAGCGGCUGCUCGCAGGUGCCCGUGGGGGUUUUACCGCCCUCGUGCUGCUAUGUGUGCUGUGACUGUCCGGGGAGCUGGCCGUGGAAUGCACGCGUAGGUCGGUGCACACUGGAGCUGCUUGUCCCUCGAGGGCCCUGUGCCCUGGGCGUGGGAAGCACCUGGUGCCUCCUGCCGCCCCUCGGUGCUCUCACUCCCACCAGUCUGUCCCUGGCCCAGGACUCACCUCUGUGCCUUGUUGCUCCCGAGGCCAAGGGCGGCUAUGGGCCCUGCCCAGACAACAGAGCCCAAGACUUGUAGCCAAAGCAGCCUAAUGACUCCAGUCACCAUGGAAGAAACCAGAAUAAACAUUUUUGCACUGUCUGAAAGAG